AUGAUCCCUGGUUCGCAAAUGGAGCUGUCUGAGAUCGAGGAGCUCUCGAAGAGGGUCCUUCGGGAGGACGCCGGACGUGCCUUCCGUCUCCAGGCCUUGGCGUCGAUGGACAUAUGGUUACGCAUGAAACGGGCCAUCUCUGCUACCGAGCGUGCAAAAAAGGCUUAUGAUGAUGGCAGUGCCAAGGUUGCCGAGGCAAACAAGGCUCUCCAAGACCACGCUCAUCCUCUGAAGGACAACCAGGCUGCCGAACGGCAAGUCAAGACUUCGGAGGCCAAACUGGCAGAGAUUAGGGUGGCUUUGGACUUCGUAGUGACGAUGGCCAAGGAUGCCAAGGCGGCAAAGGGUGCCGUGCAGGCGGCAUUGGAGGAAUCAGAGCGGGCCAAGGCAGCAGAAAUUGAUGCUGCCAUUCGGGAGGCGAUUAGGGCUACCGUACGUCUGAAGAGUUCACUGUCCUGCUGGACAAUGAAGUGGGCUCGGAGAUGGCGGAUCUCCGUUACCGUUUCAAACGGUUCAACCCCGGACAGAAGCUGA